AUGAUUCUGCCGAUCAUUGAGGCAGUGUUAUCACAGGUUGUUCCCAGACCACCACCACAAAUGAGCGCCGACACGGACAUGGCCGUGGCUCAGACGUCGGGCAGUCCGGAUCUUAAGCGCGCUGAAGGUUUGUACUUCCAGGAUUGCGGGCUGAUCAUCCGCGCGGACGACACCCUAUUUCGCGUGUCUGGCCAAUAUCUGGCGACACACUCGGCAUUCUUUCGCGACAUGCUGUCCAUUCCCGUCCCGGCCGACGCCGAGAAGAUUGACGGGUGUCUAGUGGUGGCGGUCUCGGACUCGGCGGGAGACAUGGCGGCGUUUCUGCGCGGGAUAAUGUACCCAAGUUUCUUCGAGUCCCCGCCGGCUGCGGUUACCUUCGAGAAACUGCGGCCUGUCCUCCGACUGAGCCACAAAUACGACGUUGGCUGGCUGCAGCGGCGCGCGCUCGCCCAUCUCGCUCGUACCCACCCGACCACGCUGGAUGAUUGGUACACGCUUACGGCGAUGCCCGCGUCAUUCGUCAACGGCGCCAGCGCCGAGCUCUGCAUCGAGAUCAUACUCAUCGCGCGUGAUUUUCGGCUCGAGUGGCUCCUCCCGAUGGCCUUCUACCGCCUCACACGCUCCAAGAGCUCCCUCCCCGUGCUCGCCUCCGACCUGUCGCUGGCGGACAAGCGCCGCUGGGGCGAUGCCGUGCGAAAGCUCGACCUCGAAUGGCGCACGCAGGCGCUCGACUUCCUCUGGCAGCCGCGGCAGAUUACGCAAUGCACCAAGCCGGCGUCGCCGGCCGCCGCCUGUCCCGAGACGCGUUUGGCCUACCGGAAGCGCACGGAGCAGAUGCGGGAGUCGCCGAAGGAGCAGUAUGUGAUGCCGCUCGACCUCUGGGGCGAGGCGUGGUGGAAGGCGAUGGCGGACAUGCAUGUCUGUGGCGGGUGUUUGGGGGAGAUGCGCCGCCUGAAGCGCCUGGCAGACGAGGCGUUCUGGGAGGCGCUCCCGCGAAUAUUUGACCUGGGUGACUGGGCAACGCUGGAGGCCAGGAAGGCCCAGACAUUUAGUGAAGAUGUCUCGGGUUGA